AUGGUGGAUCAUUCAUUGUCCACGGAUUUCAAAAAGAUCUUGCACGAGGCCGAACCCAACACGUAUCUUUACCAACUCAAGUUUAAGCUACCCGAAGCAUUUUACACUGACGUAAUUGGCAACACGACGGCCUAUCGAAUCAACAACUUUAUACCUGACUUUCUUUACAUCCGCCAAGAUCCCGUGACAAAAGUCCGCAAGAUUCUCAUCAUUGAUGCCAAAUCAUCCAAAGAAAUGUCCAAAUCGCAUCAAUUCCAAGUUACUUCCUAUGCCUUCUUUUUAGAGUAUCUUAUCCGCGAUAUUCGAAAUUUGGAGAUCGACGAAAUGGGUGGGGUGUGGUUACCUAAUGAUCUGGACAAACCCAUCACUUUUCGUAUUGAUUUCGUCCUGAAUAAGAUCAAGUUCAUAUAUAUGAACACCUUGAUCGAAAUCUCCAACAACUCAGACCCAGAUUGGAUCUUGGGUAAGAAAUGUACUACUUGUCAGUUUUUGACGCGUUGCAAAGGGGAUGCCAAAGGUACUGUUCGGUCCAUUCCCUACAUGGAUCAAGCAAAAGCAUCUCGUCUAAAGGAGUCCGUCGUCGAUAUUGAGGAUCUGUCAGAACUGCUGCAGAACCUCAAAAUCGAAUCGCAAACCAGCAGCACAGGGUAUGAAAGCUAUAUUGAUGCUUACACAGAUACAAAACCUCAGUUUUUGGGGCAUGCUUCGGUCACCAUAGCCAAGGAAACUGAUCAUGCCAUUUACAUCUAUCUCCAAGUAGACAAUUUUUCUCAAAAACCGUUUCUCUACGGUAUAGAAAUCACUGACUCCGAAUCCAACCAAAAGAUUCUUAAUAGGUAUUAUGCAACAGAUUACGACAAACAUAUAGAACAUCAAGUGGAAACAUAUAGUGCCUUUGUGGAUAAUUUUGUUUCUGAUUUGGCUCUCACACUUUCUCUCAUGGAUGAGGUAUCUUCGCGCUGUCUCAUCUAUGUCUAUAACGGGUUAGAGAAAUCAGUGAUCCAAAGCAUGUUGACGAAUAUCGUCUCUUCCGAGGGCAAGGAUCUCAUCACCCUCAAUCAAGCGCGUAAAGAAGAGAUUGUCUCCGACGCAAUGCGAUGUCUGGUUGUCCUAUUCCAAGACACUCAGCUUUUAGGUCUUCCUGGUGUAGUUGAUUUUCCUAGUAUGGAUGAUAUUCAACGUACCUCUUCCGUUGGCCGAUUUGUUAGUAUUGAAGACAUUUUGCAACAAAAUAUUGCGUUGGGCGUGUCGGGAUUUUACAGCCUAUUUGACGCUGUCACCUGGAUGGCAGAAGCAUUUAUUCAAGAUGAAGACGAUGAUCUUUCUGGCCUUGACCUAAAUGACAUUUACAACUCUUGGAAAGGUCCUCAUGUUGAAGACGAAUUACGUUACAGUACUCAACAUUACGUAAGUCAACGGUUUUUCUGGUUACAAGAAAUCAUGCAAACCUUUUGGUCGCUGGCGAACAGAUAUAUGGAGGACAGUGAUUGUGAGUUAUUCCCAUUGAUUUGUAAAGUCUUUCAAUGGCCCGUAGUACAACCCUUUAGAAACCCCAUAUUGGCUAAGUUAGUCUUUUUCAGACAGCUGGAGUGUAUUAAGGCGUGUGAUGACCUUCGAAUGGAUCGUAUCCGAGACUUGUCAAGGAUCGACCAUGCAGGCAUGGGCGAAACAAAUACUGGCGGUCUUAUUCUGGAUUUGGUGGGUCAACAACGUGUAAAUCAAUAUGUCACUCAUUUACGCUUCGCCAUCAGACCCUUGACCAAUGGGCCUUACGUUCAACAAAAAAUUGACCGUUUGUCUAUCGAUACCUUUAAACGUUACAUCCUUGUUCCUGAUACACGUGAGGAUAUCAUUAGUACCAUUCAGUAUUCCGAUUUACUCUAUUUAAACAAGACGAAUUACGUGAAACAUGCCAUCCGUUGCGUUAAUGUGGCAGAAAUUAAUGGCGAUGAAGUUGUAUUAGCAGGAGCUUCGAUACCCAGCACUAUCACAUCCACACGAUACCGUUUAUACCAGCGUUACGUGGAUUUUACCACAUUAGCCAAUAUUGAAGGUUUAAAAAGAUUGGAUGAACAAGAGGACAUGGAUGUUAUAAAAUUGAUUGAAGAUCCUAAUAGCUGGGCUGAUAUUCAUGAUGAAACAUCACAUUUGGAUGCAACGGCUAUUAAACUGCGUGAUGCAUUUUCCAUGUCGCCCUCACAAAAAGAUAUUUCUGCUAAUAUCCUAGAGAAACGCUUACAGAUCAUUUGGGGACCACCAGGCUCGGGUAAAACGGAAUUCUUGGCGUUAUUCGUAAAUUGGUUCAUCCAAUGUUCUUCCAAAAAGGAUAUCCUCAUUGGUGUUACUGCUUUUACACGUGAUGCCAUCUUCAAUCUGUUGAAACGCAUUGAAAAAAUCCAGAAACGUCAUGGGUUUACUAAUCUGUUUUCUAUCAUCUAUGUACAUGGUCCGACCAAUGACAAAACUUUUGAUGACGAUUCGAACAUGAUUGGUUGUACUUGGGAUAAAUCGUAUAGCCUUAUUCGUGGCAUGAAUAAAGAUGAGGCCAAACCCAACAUUUAUGUAAUGGGUGCUACCGUCUGGUCCUGGGAUAAAAUUAGAACCAAAUGGAAGACAUUUAAAGGUUGUGAUAUGCUGAUUUUAGAUGAAAGCACUCAGGUACUUGUGUCUGACGCAUUACUCGCAAUUGCCUGUUUGAAAAGACCUAAUGGAAAACUCAUCAUUGCAGGAGAUCACAUGCAACUGGGUCCCAUUAUUAAGAACGAUUAUUCGAAUACGAUAUCACGUCUAGAUGACCCGCUUUUGUUCGGAUCUAUUCAGCAAUGUCUAAUGCGUACUAAAGAAAAUCAUGCAAUUCCCACCCGGGAAUUUCUCUUGCAGAAAGGUGCAUUGCAUGACUUUGGACCUAAUACGCUUCAGCUCAAAGAUAAUUGGCGCAUGAAUGAAGAGCUGAAUGAAUUCUUCCAACAAGUCUAUGGUCCAGAUUAUACCUCACGUUAUCCAAAAAUCAAACUACAUCUAGACUGGACAGGGAUUGAAGAUCCCAAGUUAAAUUUAAUUCAGCGUAUCUUGGACCCCACACAAGCUAUGACACUAGUGAAACUCGAAGGCUUUGGCUUCGAUAACAGUGUGGUGGAAGCGGAAGCCGACGUGGUAAAGACGAUCGUUGAGCUUUAUUUAGAGGCCCGACAAACAAACGUAUCUCCAGCCCAUAUUCCCGUGCAUCGAGACACGGAUGAGCCCAAAGUCAUGAUCGUCACGCCCCAUAAUAAACAGCGCAUCGCCAUCAAAAGAAGAGUACCCUCAGCCGUACCUGUGGAUACUGUGGAAAAAAUGCAAGGACAAGAAUGUGAUUUCAUCAUUGCGUGCUUCUCUUGUGCUAGUAGUCAUCAACGCAACUAUCAAUUCUUACGCGAUUUCAGAAGAUGGAAUGUAGCAUUAUCACGCGCCAGGUAA